AAAGUGUUUUUUUUUUCUACAUGGACUAAAUCAACACUUUUUCAAAACUGAAAGAAAAAGCCCUCCAGGGGUGAAUACCAUUUCGUGUAAGCCCAGAAGGUUUGGGACUGAACUCCUGAGCUGCAGCAGCUCCUCGGGACAGCACAGCCCGCCUGCGGUGAAAUAAAUGAGCAGCCCCGUCCCUCGGCGGGCACAAAGAUAAAGGCAGGCGCUUAUGUAACUCUUGUAGAGGAGCCUGAGCCUUGCGCUCCCUCCUUUCGUUUUGUGAGCGCUUCUCUUGGGGAUCCAGCUCGGCCGUGACCAUCCCCGCUGAGCUCCCGCAUCCCGCUGCCGCUGUCUCGCACGCUCGCAGGGCUGCAGUAUCACCCAUGGCCAAUGAAUCGAGGCCCUGCCCGUGUGACAUUGGAGACAGGUUUGACUAUGGAGGCCGUGGGCAGGAGGUGCAAGUUGGGCACAUCAAGGCGUAUGUCUGCAAACCUCCUGCCAGCACCGACAGAGCCGUCAUUGUGAUUCACGAUAUAUUUGGAUGGCAACUCCCGAACACCAGAUACAUAGCUGAUAUGCUAACAGCUAAUGGAUACAUAGCCAUCUGCCCAGAUUUUUUUGUGGGACAAGAAGCUUGGAAACCUUCUAAUGACUGGGCAUCUUUCAAUGACUGGGUGAAAACACGAGAUGCUGGCAAAACAGACAAAGAAGUUGAUGUCGUCCUCAAGUAUCUAAAGGACCAAUGUGGUGCAAAGAAGAUUGGUGUCAUUGGGUUUUGCUGGGGUGGAGCAGCAGUGCAACAUCUGAUGCUGAAAAAUCCUCAUUUAAAGACCGGAGUGUCCCUCUAUGGAGUGAUCAGCCGUUUUGAGGACAAACACAGUUUGCUGCAUCCUACUUUCUUCAUUUUUGGUGAGAAGGAUGACAUCAUUCCAUUGGAGCAGGUCACCUCAUUGGAGCAGAAGCUUAAACAAAACUGUAAAGUUGAUUAUGAAGUUAAAAUUUACCCUGGACAGACACAUGGGUUUGUGCAUCGCAAAAGAGAAGAUAUCAAUCCUCAAGAUAAACCUUAUAUUGAGGAAGGAAGAAAGGAUAUGAUCAACUGGCUGAAUAAAUAUCUUUAGGUUAAAUUAAUGCCAAUAAACAAAAUCAACUGUUGUAGGAAAUCAGAAAACAAUACAGACUAUAUUGGUUAAAAUGUUCUUACAACCAUGAAAAUAUUUUGUAAAACUCUUCUGCAACAACACUAAUUAUUUGCACUUACCUUCUAAGUAGGGGCUUAGAAAUGGCUUUUCAAAUGCUGAAAGUUAUAAAUGUAAAGGUUUUUAACACUGGUCUUGUAUAUCUUAAAAUUAAUAGAAUUUCAUGUGGCAUAUUUUCUGGCACUUGAAAGUUUAAUUUUUUUAUAUGAAUGUCAAGAUGAUUAAAAAUCAUUGAAACUGCCCACA